AUGGCUUCCGCUUCCAAUCGCGUCGUAAAGAUAGCUGCUGUACAGGCCGCGCCUGUUUCCUUCGACCUCGAUAAGAGCCUAGAGAAGUUGACGAAGCUUACGGCGGAGGCGGCCGGCGCAGGAGCUGAUCUUGUCGUCUUUCCGGAGGCCUUCCUAUCUGCUUACCCAUGGCGUUAUGCCUUUGAUGCCACUAUUGGCACUCGAGAGCCCCGUGGAAGAGAGUGGUAUGCGAAAUACUACGAUUCAGCUGUUGCUGUGCCUUCCCCCGCUGUUGACAUCAUUUCCAAGACAGCUAAAUCUCACGGAGUGUAUAUCCAGGUUGGGAUUAUUGAAAAAGAGGGGGGCACGCUGUAUUGCACAGCCUUAUUGAUUGGUAGGGAUGGGUCGGUGCUCCUGAAGCAUCGUAAGUUGAUCCCCACAGCUGCGGAGCGCUUAGUAUGGGGUAGGGGGGCAGGAGACGGCCUGGGCGUGGUCCAAACUGAUAUCGGCAAGAUUGGUACUUUGAUAUGUUGGGAAAACUAUAUGCCCGCAGCGCGAAUGGCACUUUACCAGCAAGGAGUCGAGAUUUACUUGGCGCCCAAUGCGGAUGAUUUGCCAUCCUGGGUCGCGUCAAUGCAGCAUAUUGCCAAAGAGGGACGAUGCUUCGUCGUGUCUGUGAACUCAAUGUGUAGAGUUUCGGAUUUCCCCAAAGACUAUCCGCCAUUUACUGCCGAGCACCACGACCGAAAGCCAGAUGGCUCCAAAUGGGAACCUGACGAUAUCAUCAACCAUGGAGGGUCCUUUGUUGUAGGGCCCCUAGGAGUCCCCCUGACCCAACCAGUGUGGGACAAGGAAGCAAUCAUCUAUGCUGAUCUGAAAACGUCAGAAGUGAUAGAAUCUAGGCUUGACUUCGAUCCCGUUGGUAGUUAUGCUCGCCCAGAUGUCUUUACGUUAACAGUAAACACCAAACCAGGGACCAAUGUCAAUUUUACUCGAUAG